GUCACCCGGCAAUCGAAUCGACCUCAAGUCAAAACUUGUGCAAGACCCCGAGCGUUUUGGGCGUACGUCUUUGUCUCAACUAAUUAGUUUAUUAGAUAUUUUGCCGCACAAACAAAUUAUGGAAGAAGACGACUCCGACUCCGAUCGCACGGUACUGCUGACAGAAUUUGUUGAUAAACCGCAGAAAAUCGACGCCAAAAGACGUAGAUUGAGCCAAUUACAAGAUAGGAGCAAGCAAGAACACCAGGACGAUGACAACACAGCGCAAAAUGAUGUAAGUCAAAAUAUACAAACAGAUUUACCAAAGAAUAAUAUCGAAAAGGACUGGCUUAUAACAAAAUAUUUAUCAGGCAUAGCUAAUGUAUGUAAUACUUCUGAUUUUCGAGAAAAUGCGCCAAAAUAUGCACCAGAUUCUCAAACUUAUGCUGGAAAUACUGAAAAUACAGCUAAAUUUGCUAAUGAUAGUGACAUCAUAUGCCUGGAUUCGGAUGAUGAAAUGAAAAGCCAUGAAAAAUGUCAAAACCAAUACACAAAUAAUGGUGAGAUAUCUUCUGUUAAUGAUUCCUUACACGCAACAAAAUUAAAAGUACUCAAGCCCGCGGCGAUCAACGCUCGAAGAGCUACUACCAGCAUUGUUGAAAGUCAUAAAAUGCAUUCUAAUGCCAGUGUUUCACAAACGCAAAAAGAAAAUAAACCAGCUAGGCUUAACGUUUUAAGGCCGUCUGCUAUUAAUGCAAGGAGAGCAACAACACAUUUUGGAGAAAGUAAUUUAGAAUGUAAUUCGAACAAUGGAAAAAGCAACGUGUCGAAAAAUGAUAAAAUGAAAAGUGGAAAUAAUGAACAAGCUGAUACAGAUUGUUAUAGAUUUAUAUCUCCUAGAUUGUGUCCAUUAGAAAGCAGUAUCCCUAAUACUACUAGUAUUACUAGUUCAGUCACUAAUAAUGUAACUGGUAAAUGUGUUGUGACUCAAUCUGAAAACAGUCUAACAUCAAUUUUAACCGUGCCAAAUAACAAGUUAAAUACCGAUAUUUCCGAUAGUGCUAUCAUAACUAAUAAAGAUUUCCAACAAGAUAUAGAAGAUUCAAACGUAAAAGCAAACAAGCGAUUUGGUAAUAACGAAACACAAAUAGAGCCAAAACGCAUUAAAAUUAAUUUAAAACCAAAAUGUUUAGUCAAACAGCAUGAAGAUACUGGACAGAUUACCAAUAAACAAUCUAAAGCGAGCGAACUUUGUGAUGAAAUAAGGAAUGAAGAACAUGUGUCACAUGACAAAGCAACAUAUACGACGACAUCGGUUAGACGUGAGAAAUGCGAUGGACAUAACGAAAAUAAAGCUAGCUUAGAAAAUAACCUGAGAAAUGACAACGAAGUGCUCACUGCCAAAACAUGCAAUAAAGUAUGCGAAGCGGAUACGACACCUAAAGAAAAUAUAUUGCCUGCCAAAGAAAACAAUUGCAAUGUAGAUGAGCAAGUAAUAAAUGAAGGGCGUACAAAACUACAAAUAUUGAGUAAACCGCUUGAUAAGCAAGACGAAAACAAUGCAAAAAAAUACCCAGGAAUAAGUCAAGUACCCGAUGAACAAAAAACCAGUGAUCCGUGUGAUAAGCAUGAUACUAGCAAGCGAGAUGCAAAGAAGAGAGUAGAUAAAGUCAAAACGAGCGAAAUAUCUGUUGAUACGACACACGAUAGCGUUGCGGCAAGCAAAAUACAAAUUCAGCAAAAUUCUCAUGACCACGAAACAAGCAUAAACCAAGAUGAGACAAUAACAAAAGAAUAUCAGAGAAAACAAAACUCGAGCUAUGCUCUAGAUAAAACAAUUGGGAUAAAACAAAAAACAAGUGAAGCAAUCACUGAGCCAGAAACCUACAAAGAUCCAGACUUAGCAAGUGAAGUAUUAAAUACUGAAUGUACUAGCAAAAUACUAGAAAAAACAAUACUAAGCACAACAAACGAGGCACAAGAAUCGACACAAGUACAAUAUGAGCUCGAAACUUCCAAAGUUCAAAACAAACAAAUAACAAGUCAAGCAUGUGAUAACCAAGAAACAAACAAACUAUAUGACCAGCAAAGAACAAUUGAAACACUCAACGCAGAAGUAGUGAGAAAAUUACAAAAUAAAAUCGUAAUGAGUACAGUAUCCGAGCAAGAAGCACGCAAAGUAAGCAGCGAGCAAGGAACAGAUCAGCGAAAUAAAACACCAACAGAAGUGACUCCCAAUUAUGGUGCUGAAAAUAAUAAACGUGUUCUAAAAUUCCAGAUUAUUUUUUUAAAAUAUAUUUUGGAAAAUAUUAUAAAAAAAAGGUACCCAGAAUCUGAAUCAACACUUAAUAAUAUAAUCAAAACUUUACUUAUUAACGCUAGAAAUGGUACAUAUCAAACCCAUGUACAGUAUGCUUGUCCUGAAUGUGGCUGUUUGUCUAAUUAUUCGUCAAGUUUGCUUAAUAAUACAAAAGCUGGUGUAAAUAAAGUUACCAAGGACGGUUCCCAAAACUGUGGUCUCUGUCGCGGCGUUAGGGAUAUACAUACUGCUUACUUGAAAAAGAUCUCGAAUAAAAAAGAUCACACUAGGAACAAAAAAGAAGACGUAGAUAGUAUAUCUGCGGAAAAAGAUCAUGCAAAACAAGUAGUUGGACAGAGUGAUAAAUCUUUAACACAAGAAACUAGCAGUCAUUCUAAAACGAUAUUUCAAGAAAACUAUAAUGACGAUUCAAUCUCUAUGUCUGUAGUAGAAGACAGAAGUGUCAGUUUAGCUGUUGAUAAAGAGAAAGAGUCCGACAAUGUUUCGUCAACUCAGAGUGCGCUGGAGGCGCAAACAGGAAAUCAUAAUGUUUCAAAGGAACAUAAAAUUAACAGUGAGACACCUUUCAUAGAAACACCUGAAACUGAAAAUCAAGGAAAAAAUAAAAUUACGAGCAGGAAUAUGAAUGAAAUUGUUACAAUUAAUGAUAAACUAGCAAUAACUAACAAACGAACAAAUGAAAUUGACGAUCAAUCCAUUAUUCAUAAACGCAUGAAAACUGUCACAGAAAGUAAUAAAACUCAAAGUGAAAAAAAUCGUAAGACAAAAGAUAAUUCUUCAUAUUUGACUACUGAUUUCCAAAGUGAUAACCGUGCCAUUGAAAAUAAAAAGAAAAUGGAUCAAGCAACGCCAAGAAACAGUAACUCGGCCGUUGAACUGCCAAAAAGCAUAUUAUCAGACAUACUGAAUGUAACCUCAAGUAUAGAAAGUAGUCACGAAAACAAUAAAACUAGUUGUUCGAAAAGAGAUAACAGCUCCAAUCUUGUAAGUCCUGUAGUGGUUGUAAGCAAAAGUGAUGCAGAAUUGAACCGUGAUGUACUUUCCGUACAACAUGAUUCUAGUAUAGCUGAGAAAGCAUCAAGUGAAUCACCGGCAGAGACACAUAUGAUUACUAUUAAUUUGAAUACACAAGAAAAGUCUUUAAAAUCAAACAGUCAUGGUGACAACCACAUAAUAGCAGCUGAAACUGAUCAAUUAAAGAAAAAGAGCGAUAACAACAGUAAUGAAGUUGCUAAUGAAAAACCGAGGGACGCGACUACUCAAAAAGUAUCAAGUGUCGAAGUAGAAGAAAACGAUAAACGUAUUGAAAAUUCUUGUUAUAAAUCUGCCAUGGCUGAGGCACAAAUCAGAAAUACCGACGAAGUUCACAAACACCAUGAAAGUAUAAAAUCUCUGGUAGAAAAUCCGCAGUUGAAUAAAAAUGCUGAAGAGGAAAAAGGUAGCCAAGAUUUAGCGUCGAAAGAAAGUUUAAGCUCUGAUAAAUUAAUAAGUGGUGCUACCAUAGCAAUUAAAUAUAUAUGUCCAAUUUGUACAAGCACGUAUACACAUCCUUCUAAGUUUCUACGCCAUUUGAAAGACAAAUACAACGUAAGACUUACAAAAAUACCCGAAAACUGUAUUAGACAACAAUGCCCCUUUUGUAACUCCCUUUUAUUUAAGAAAAGUUAUAACAAACACGUUUCGCGUUGCAGUUCUGAUACGCAUGAAAAUACUAAUGUUAAUAAAGAAAAAAACAAAAACGAAAGAUGUAGUAAUGCAAAUAAUGAACAAAUCAAAACUACAGAAUCAAUAAGUUCUGUUUGUGAUGAGACACUCACUACUGAUUAUGCUGCAGCCAGGCACAGGACUCGGUUACAUCCUGAAUUGAAACAUCGUCAUAUUAUUAAAAAACUUAGACUUGGAAAUAAAAAUAACUAUGAACAAGAGGAAAAACAAAAUGAUGACAAUGAAAAUACAGUUGCAAAUAAUAUUGAUAAUUCAAAUACAAUCUGUGGGAGCGUAGAUGGUGCAUCAGAAACCAUUACCACCACGGCUAUAGCCAGCCAAACAACCACAAACUCUAGAAAGAAAAGGAAGCCGAGUAUCAAUCGUGAUAUGAGUGAGGAUGAAGAAAGUUGUGACAGUGAUGAAAGUUCAUCUUACAGUGAUAAUUCGUAUAAAACGAGUGAAACAAGCGACGAUGAAGACGAUGAUGAAAGGGAUAAAAAUAAAACAAAGACAUUUACUACAAGCGGUGAAGGCACAUCUACUGAUAAAAAUGCUCACAGUACAAGCAAACGACAAAAUUACACUUUCAUUUGUGAGUUAUGUAAUCAAAUGUUAUAUACUGAUUAUGCUACACGAAAACAUAGGAUUCAUCAACAUCCAAAUAUGAAAGGUAGGCCAAUAUUUAAAAAAAUUAAAAACGUUGAACCGAAGGCCAAUGCAUUGAAGUCAAAGAAGGAAAGAAAAAAAUUGUUAGAAGAUAAUCGUUCACCAUCCAGCAUAAAUAACAGUAAAGCUAGAAAAAAUUGCAAAGAUGAUAAAGAUGAAAAUACCAGUGAUAGUGACUGGAGUACGAUUAACGAUUCAGAUUGUUUUGAUGAACGGUCUUCAUUUGAAAAUACAGAAACAGCUAGUGAAGAUGAUAUUAUAAAUGCGUCUGAUAACUUAGCUAAAAAGAGAAAAAAGCGUACUACAAAGUUUUUUGGUGCUAAACGUCGAAGUUCGCGUGCAACUGCUAUUAAAGAAAACGCUGAAAUUGAAGAAAGUGAUAGUGAUUGGAUAGUUAGUACUGAUGAUUGCAAUAGUCAAAAUGCGAUAGACGAUGAAAUGGAGGAAGAUAGUGAUAGUCAGAAAACAGAUAUCGAGGAAAGUAAUGAUGACAGUAAUUCAAGCAUGGACGAUGAAGACCCACCAGUUAGUGACAGUGAAACCCUGAACACAUCAAUGCGCACCAUUAAAAAAAGGAAAGUGCGAUUAUUAAAGCUUUUUGGUGAUUCGAAUAAUAUCGACGAAAACGAUGGCGAUCAACAAGUAACAAGCGAAGAAAAUGACAACGAACCAAUAACAGAUCACAUUCACGAAGAUAAUCAAUGCCAUAUUAAGGAAAGUGCUUUAAGAAACUUCAGAGAAGAAAUGCCCAGCGACGAUGAAACUAUUAACGUGUCCGAAAAUACCCUUAAAAAGAGGAAAGAACGUAUGUCGACUCUGUUUGACGAUGCUAUUGAGAUUUCAGCACAAAAUACCGACGACAACGAACAAGAACGAAGUAAUAAAACCAACAAUUCAACUGAUAAUAUUAUACCCGUAGUUGGUAAAAGUGGAAGUGUCCAAAUUGAAAUGAAUAAAAAUUAUAGACCUGAUUUGAAAACGGGUGAAAAUUAUCAUGAAACCUUAAACGUAUCAGACCACCAAGUACAAAAUAAAGAAACACACUGUAACACAAAUUAUGAGGAUUGUCAUAUGAAUCCAGCGAUUCAAUCUACCAAUACUACAGAGGUUAGUAAAGAUAACCACGCGAGUGUAUUAAGUAACGUGAAAGUCGUCGACGAUGACCGGCGAGAGAUAGACUUGAUUGACGGUCUUCUUCAAGAGUACAAUACUCCUAAUGAUCAACGAAAUUAUUCUUGUGCAGAAAAAGAAAAGGAUGGCGAAGAUGACAGAGAACCUGACAGCCAUAAUGCUCAAGCAGAAGUCAACAUUGUUAAUCAAUCUGAAAUAAAUAAUUGCUUAGAAAAUAUACAAAUUACUAAUAUAAGAAGCAUUGCAAAUAAAUUGUACAUUUUCAUAUGCCAAGAAUGCUCUUACGGUACCGACACCUAUGACGAUACUAUACGCCAUUGCCAAAAUCAUUAUAAUCAAAUCGAAGAUCCAGUUACUUAUUGUAAUAUUUGUCAAAUGAAUUAUGAUUCAUCUUGCUUUGAAAGGCAUGGAAUCUCACAUGACAGAUAUUUGAUAAAUAUCAAGAUUAAAUUCUCAUACCACUGGCUGUUUUCGAAUUGGCAAGCAGUGUUCGCAAAUAAUCACAUAUUGUUGAGUGACGCGGAAGAAAUGCAGGUACAAAGUGUUUAUAAGACAAUGUGCGUUAAAAUGACUGUUACAGAGGACGGGCCAUGGCAAUCUACUUUAUAUUUAUGUGCAAAGUGUAAUAUUUUCGUGCCACCUUUGGACAUAGAGAUGCAUGUGCAGCAAAAGUGCACCCUGAAGUAUUACCCGUGCCCCAUAUGUCACCGCGUAUUUUUGACCCAUGAAAUGCGAGAGCACCACAAAAUCUACCAUACCGAUGAGAUAACUCAACCAUUUAAAACCAUUGUAUUUAAUGAAAAAAAGAAUGAACACUCUAAUUCAAAAUUAAUUCAAAUCAAGUUACAAUUAACGCAAAAUAAAGAAAAAAAACGAAAUGUUGAGAUUUACAAAUGUAUAUGCGGCCUGUGUUUCAUUACGUUAAAACAAUUUAAAUUGCACUUUGUCGACUGCGAAUCAGAGACAAACAAUGGAGUGCAGUGUACAAUAUGUCCUGGUUUACGACGAUUUCUGCCGUCAGAUUUAGAGAUACAUAUGGCCCUUCACCAUUCUGCAAUAAAAUAUGAAUUUAGAAUACAACAAAUCACCUUCCAAGAAGAACGUGAUUAUGAGAGUUCAGAACCAUCAUUUGCUUUAGGUACUACCUCAGAUAUUAAUGAUGAGGACUUAAAUGUUAAAAGAGAGAUGUUAAAGGAUGAAACAUUAUCACAAGAAAACAGAAAUAUUGUAGAAGAAGAUUCAGAGAUCUUAAGUUCAUUAGAAAAUGCAGUUCAACAAAUGACGAUUGAUGCAGAUUCAAAUAUUAAUAGAGAGGUGGCAAAAGAUGAAUUACUGUCACAAAAUACCAGUUAUAAUAUAGACAUUAUAGAAGAAAAUUUAAAUACCAAAAGUAUAGCAGACAAUUCAGCACUAGUAAUGUCUAUUGCUGACGAUGACAAUAAUAAAAGAGACUUGUUAAAAAACGAAUUAUUAUCACAGAAUAGUAAUAAAGAGAAUAGUCGUAAAGCCUUGGAUAUUACUGAAAAGGAUUUAGUUAACAAAAGUGCAUCAGAUAUUGCAACACCAGUAAGGUCUAAUGAUGCAGAUUUAAAUAUCAAAAGAGAGAUGCUAAAAGAUGAAGUAUCUUCACAAAAUACUUUUGAAGAGGACAUACAAGAAUACACAAAAGUUUUCGAAGAACAUGUGAAGACUAGUGGUUCAGAACAAAUAAUGCCUAUUGAUAAAGACUUAAGUAUUAAGAAAGAGUUGUUAAAAUACGAAUCAUUUUCACAGACUACUAAUGAAGAGAAUAGUCAAAACAGUCAAGAUAUUCUUGAAGAGGAUUUAGUGAAAAAAUCUGCAACAGACGACGCUGCACAGAUCAAUUCCAACGAUGAAGAUUUAAUAACUAAAAGAGACAUGCUAAAAGGUCAAACAUUACAAAACAUUAUUGAAGAGGACACGCAAGAAAACACAGAAAUGUGCGAAGAACCAUUACAGAAAAGAGAUUCGACACUUAUUCUACUUGUUGUUCGAGAUCACAAUAUUAAGGGAGACGUGUUAAAAAAAGAAUCUACGCCAAAAAAUACUAAUAAAGAUAAUCAAAACAGUCCACAUAUUGAAGAAAUGGUGAACCAAAUAGAAAAUGCAACACAAACGAUGUCUUCUAAUGACGACUUAAAUGUUCCAAGUCGCACGUUAAGAUCACAAGUGAAUAAUGAAGAAAAAAGAUUGAAUAGCGAAAAUCCUGUUGAAAAGAAUUUUGACAUCGAAAGAGAAACUUCAAAGGUUGUGGAGACUGAAGAUACAAUUAUUAUAGAAGACUCGGAUGAUGAUGAUGUUGAAUUGGUUGGAGAAGAUGUAAAUGAUCAUAGAUUUCUUCGACACCGUGCUUAUCCGGACAAUGGGAAACACUGGGAAUUAAUAUUAUAAAAAAAAAAAAAACAGGAACAGUAAACCUUCAGGUUCAGCGCCGUUGAGUGGUCAGAAUAAUCAUUGACACAUUAGUACAAAUAUGGUGUUCAUUUCAUUGUUCAUUAUGUUACCAGUGUAAAUUACGUGUACAUUUCUCUGUUAUAUUGUUAUGCAAUCAGCAAUUACACUUUUGUGUAUUAUACAUACACCCAAAGCCAAAAGUAUGGAAACAAGCACUUAUAUUUUAAUAGAAAAGUGUGAUUUUUAAGCGAUGUAAUAAAUAUAAUAGUAGAACAUUUUAAAAGUAAAUUACUCAAAUUACUCAAGUUGUGGCUAUGAUAAUUGCCAGUUCAAUAUUUAAGGGUAUAAUUAUUUUGCUUUUUCCUAAUUAGGGUUCCGUACCCAAAGGGUAAAACGGGGGUCCUUACUAAGACUCCGCUGUCAGUCCGUCCGUCUGUCACCAGGCUGUAUCUCAUGAACAUAGCUAGACAGUUGAAAUUUUUACUGAUGAUGUAUUUCUGUUGCCGCUAUAACAACAAAUACUAAAAAGUACGGAACCCUCGGUGGGCGAGUCCGACUCGCACUUGUCCGGUUUUUUUAUUUUUUAAAGUUUUUGUCGAUAUUUUAGGAUGUUUUGAUAUGUAAAUUUAAGGUUACAAUUAUAAAACAAAGACAGAAACAUGAGAUAUUAAAGAAAACAACCUUGUUUCCAUAGUUUAGGUCUUGGGUGUACAUAUAUAUUUUAAUUAUAAGUACUGUAGGCACGGCAACAUACUUACCCCCUAUUCAUAAACGUCUACUAAAGUUGACAAGCCGCUAAUAAUCGUUUGUCCCUUUCCGAAGUAUUGGUAUGAUGGAAAGGGACAAACGAUUACUGUACACGUUUAUGAAUAGGGGGUUUCGAUUCUGGAUAUUAGGUACAUUCUGUACAUUAUGUCUUGUUAAUUAUGAUUCUGAAAUCACAAAUUAAAUAGGUAAUUAAUUAUUCAUUAUAAAAUCAAGGUAUAUAAAUUCAAAUUAUAAGAUUAACCACAAUAUUAUUUAUGUCAUAAUAGGUACAGCAAUAUCGCUAAAAAUGGAACCCUGAUGGUUCGUCCGUUCCAGCCAUUUUGCUCAGCAAAGAUUAGGAGUAUAUUAUUUGUGACGUUUUCAAGCAAAAGGUACCACUGUCGCUUACCAUAAGGGCGAAAUUUGCUUGUAUCUUUAUACAAAUAACCUGUCAGUGAUUUAUAAAAUAUCAAGUGGAAUUUUGUUGUCUGUGAUAUUACUUACAAUACAAAUACAAAUAUACUUUAUUGCACACCUCAAUACAGAAACAGUACAAAUAAUACAACACAUAAAGAAGAGGUAAACAACAGGCGGUCUUAUCGCUAAAAAGCGAUCUCUUCCAGACAACCUUUAGGUAGCGGAAUAUAAAAAAAAAUGUUAUGUCAGUGUUACUUAAUUGCUAAAAAACAUUGCAAUGUUGCAUUCGUAUCGUAUGAAGGUUCUAUGCGGUCUGACACGCGCUUGGUCGGUUUUAUUAUUUCAUUAUUUUGUUUUGUUUGUGCACCACCAUGCCUGUGGUAGUGCCGAGUAAUGACCUGGCUUCUGUAAAUAUUACAGUUGACAUCGACUCAUAUGUGAGGACUCACGACCUCGUCAAACCCGGAGUCCGUACCCAAGUUUUUGCGAACAGCCUCUAAUUUUAAUCAAUCAAUCAAAGUCAUACAUCCAUGCCGGGAUUUGCCAAGCGUCAGGGACGCCGUUAUGCGUUAGAGGGGGCAAGCGCUAUUGCUAUCUCAUUCUACCGCAUAGCUGCGUCUCUGAAGCUUGGCAAGUCUCGCCACUCACGUAAAUCGGGUCAAGAUGUUGGACGCAUUACGCGAUCGACAUCAGGAUGUUCACUAGACUCUCCACCACACUUCCCGCGAAUGGUAGAGUUUCUGUACAUUCAAUCGGGCAUCACAACGAAUUUUAAGGAUACCUUAUACAAGAGCAGCAAUGGUACCCUGGUCUUGUGAUCCCCGGAUGGAGCACGGGAUUUCCCAUAAAAAUUGACAAACUCACCAAGCAGGUGGCUGUAUCAGAAGUGGGAUGUAUUGUUAUUCUACAUAUUUCCUGACUAUUUGAGAACUGUUUUAUUGUUUGCUCUUCCCAGCUCUGGAUAUGUUAUGAGUUUUGGUUAUUAUAUCAUAUAGAAUAAGUCCAUUGAGUUUCUUGACA